AUGUCGUAUCAGGUGAUACAUACGAUUUUCUCGUCGUUGGGUGUUGUAUUCAAUGCCUUUAUGAUGUUCCUGGCGUUGACCAAGUCGCCACCAAUCAUGCGGUUGUGUUCGGUGGUAAUCACAAUCAAAACUACUACGGAUAUCAUGACAUCGUUGAUUAAUGCUUUUGUAAUGAUGAGAAUCGUCACCGAUGGUAUCCAUGUCUUCCUGAUCCCUUCGGGUCCUUGCACCUACUUUGGUCCUGUUGCUUGUUAUGCUGGCCACAUGUUCAUGACUUGCUUCCUGGAACACAACCUCAUCUGGAUGAUUUGCUCCUACAUCUUCCGUUAUUACAUCCUUUAUGUCCGUGAUCCAAAAGCCAGAACUCUAUUCCUUACUGCUUUCUGUCUCUCUAUUCCUUCUUUCUUCCAUAUGACUACCUGGAUCAGUUUCUUCAACCUGAAAACCAAUACGAUUGCUCCGGAAGAAUUGGGAUUGGAUGAAGCUCCUAACAUUAUUUUAACAGGAUCUCUGAUCUAUUAUUCUACCAUAACAGUGUUUGUUCAAUUGGCAAUUACUGCAUUCUUGGUGCUCUUGACCUACAUUUGGCUCCGAGAUGUUUUAUUAAACUAUUCCCUCCGGAUGGGGGCGGUCACAAGCGAUACAAAGAAAUUGAAUCGGGUUCUUGUGAAGAUAAUCACCUUUCAAGUAUUCCUCCCAAUUUUCAUCUUCACGGGGGUCACAAUUUUCGCCCUACAGUAUUCUGGAUGGGUGCAACAAGAGUAUUUGGAUUAUAUGAUUUCUUUGGUUUUCAUGUGCUCUCCAAUCCUGUCUCCAUUUUCUUACAUGCUCUUUGUGCCACAUUAUCGAAAUUUCUUUGCUAUUAAAAGAGAAAGAACUGAUUCGCUGGCACUGGAACAUCGAAGAGAUAGCAGCAUGAAAAGAACUGUUGUUUCGAUCACAACAGGAACUUUUGCUAAUUAA